CAUAAGGUUCAGUUAGCCCAGGUGGAGGAUGGGAAAAGAAUGGAACUGUCCCAGCUCCUCAAUGAGAUCAGGGCAAACUAUGAAAAGCUCCUCACCAGCAAUCAGAUAGAGAACGUGCUCUCAACAAGGAUCCAGCUGGAAGAAGACAUAAACCAAAAGAUGGACAAAGACGAAGAGGCUCUGAGGGCGGCUCGAGCAGAACUCAAGGAAGCCCGACGCCAGUGGCACCACCUGCAGGUGGAGAUCGAGUCUCUCCACGCCGUGGAAAGGGGCCUGGAGGACUCCCUGCACGCCAGCGAGCGGCAUUACCAGAUGCAGCUGCAAGACCUGGAGGCUGUGGUUGAGGGGCUGGAGAAGGAGCUUCAGGAGGUCAGGCGGGGCAUCGAGAGGCAGCUGCAGGAGCACGAGACGCUGCUCAACACCAAGAUGAGGCUGGAACAAGAGAUCGCCACUUACCGCCGCCUCCUCGAAAGGGAAGAAAUCAGAUAUUAUGGUUGUAUCCAAGGUGAGAAAAAAGAGCAAAAGUCUGGCACAAGUCGAGUCGGGUUUGUUUUACCGUCAGCCAUUAUAAAUGAAAUCUCUUUCUCAACAAAACUCCCACAAAAGUUUGAGGAUGAAAAAGUGGAAACUGUGACCAAACAGGCGAUAUUUGAUGGAAGCCCCGGGAAGCAGAGCGCAGAAGCUCACGGCACUAUUCAGACAGAGAAGGUGGAUGAAGUUAUCAAAGAAUGGGAAGGUUCCUUCUUUAAAGAUAAUCCUCGAUUAAGGAAAAAAUCCGUUUCCCUGCGAUUCGAUCUUCACUUGGCAGCCACCGAUGAGGGGUGCUUACAGACUAGGCAGGACAGCCUGCCGGAUGUAGAGGUCAGGCUCAUCAUGAGACGGUCCUGCAGCAUCCCCUCCAUCAAGCCUCCGCCUGCAACCAAUUAGCCCGGAGAAUCUGGCUCGAUUUGAAUGCGACAGUGGGAUGUACCGGGGGGCCAUGCUGACCCCCUUCCGUCCCAAAAUGUAAGUCAUUAAGCACAUGUGAUAGUGUUACGAUCCAUGUGUGGGCUUUCUCAGACGAAAACAAAAAACACAGAAAGGGACAAAGUUUCUCUGAAUCUCAUUUAUGGAUUUUUUUUUUUUUUUUGAGAUGAUGGGAAGCUUAAAAAUAAA